GCGGCGCGUUGCGACAUGGAGGCCGUGAUGGCAACGAGCGCAGGGCCGGCGGGGCUUACGGCAGCUGCGGCCGGGGAGCAGGAGGGGGCGGCGGCUGCCGCCUCCAGCCCGGCCCAGGCGCCCGCCGGCCCCACCGCCUUUCUCAGCCUCCCGGCGCCCUUCAGCGAGGAAGAUGAAGAUGAUGUUCACAAGUGUGGUCGUUGUCAUUCUGAGUUCACCUCUUUGGAGGAAUUUGUACAACACAAAUUACAAAAGAUCUGUCAACGAACUCAAGAAGCCAUUACUGCCACAUCAACAAGUCUUCCUAGCCAAGAAGCACAAAAGGAGGUCGUUUCUUCUGUUGAGGAGUCCAUAACUGUUGCUCAUAUAGUUGUUGAAGCAUCUUCAAUAGCAGAAGAAAUCACUAAUGCAUCUUCUAUAGUAGGUAGUGGGCACAUCAAAGAAGUCAUUGUCACAGGAGAACAAGUUUUUGAAAACCCAAAUGGCCAGAUUGAUGGUGAGAUCACUGAAGGGCCGGGCAGCCCCGAUGACAUGGAACAGGAUGGCUCCACAGAGGUGAUCAGGGUGAAGCUGCUGGUUAAUAAAGAAGGUCGAUAUGUGUGUGAGUUGUGCCACAAGACAUUUAAAACAGCCAGUAUCCUUAAAGCUCACAUGAUCACUCAUAGUAGCAGGAAGGACUAUGAAUGUAAAUUAUGUGGAACAUCAUUUAGGACAAAGGGGUCUCUCAUUCGACACCACCGGCGUCACACAGAUGAACGACCUUACAAAUGCAAGAAGUGUGGGAAAAGCUUCAGGGAAUCAGGAGCUUUGACACGGCAUCUGAAAUCUUUGACACCGUGCACUGAAAAAAUCCGUUUCAACAUGAGCAAAGAAAUAGUUGUUAGCAAAGAUGAAUUGCCAGCAGAAUCCUGUAGUUCAAACACAGAGGCUGUUUCACCUAUAGCAAGUGAAUCCAUUGAGACUCCUGUGAUUCACCUAUUAACAGAUGCAAAAGGCAAUGUCCUUCAUGAAGUCCAUGUCCAAAUGCAGGAGCUUCCUGUUGUUGAUACAAAAUCCUUGGAUCAAGAGCCAUCAAAUCCCAAGGAACUACCAUGUGAAUGGGAAGUGAACAGUGAGAACUUGCUGAGGCAAGCCAUGAGGAAUUCUGGGAUUGUGAUAGAAAAAGUCACUGUGGAGGAGAUGCAAAAAUCAGAUGAACCUGGUGUGGCUGCUACAGAAGAACUAGAAAAUGAAGAGAUGGAAGCGGAAGAAGAGCAGUGUGGGGAACAGUGUGUUGAAGUAGAGCAAGUAGAGACUACAGAUACAGAAACAAAUGGAUACAAAAGUUAUGUUUGCCCUCACUGCAGUGAAGUCUUCAGUGGGUCUGUUUCCCUUGAAAUACACAUCAAAGGACAUUUAGGUUACAAAGUGUUUAAAUGUGAGGAGUGUGGUAAAGAGUUCAUGAAAGGCUACCUGUUGAAAAAGCACCAGGAAGUGCAUGUCAAUGAGAGGCGCUUCCGUUGUGGUGAGUGUGGCAAACUCUACAAGACCAUCGCCCAUGUGAAGGGACACAAGAGGGUGCACUCAGAUGAGCGGCCAUAUUCCUGUCCAAAGUGUGGCAAGAGAUACAAAACAAAGAAUGCCCAGCAGGUUCAUUUCCGCACUCACUUGGAAGAGAAGCCCUACAUCUGCCAGUUCUGCAACCGGGGCUUUCGGGAGAAGGGCUCAUUGGUUCGUCACAUCCGUCACCACACAGGCGAAAAGCCAUACAAAUGUUACAAGUGUGGACGUGGGUUUGCAGAGCAUGGCACUCUUAACAGGCACUUAAAAACCAAAGGUGGGUGCCUUCUUGCAUUGAAAGAGGUUGAAGAAGUGAUGGUUUCCGAGGAAAGUCAAUCAGCUGACAACUUAGCGGCAACAGUUAUUUCUGAAGAUCCUCAUACUGUUCUAGUAGAAUUUUCUUCAGUGGUGGCAGAUACUCAGGAAUACAUCAUUGAGACUGCUACUGAAGACAUGGAGACCAGUGAAGCUACUGAAAUAAUAGAGGGAACAAGACAUGAGGUUGACAGUCACAUUAUGAAGGUUGUGCAGCAAAUAGUAAAUCAAGCAAACUCCGGCCACCAGAUCAUCGUGCAGAAUGUUACAGUGGCAGAAAACUCUGAAGUAACUACUGACGCUGCAGACACUAUCACCAUAGCAACACCAGAAAGUCUUACAGAGCAGGUUGCCAUGACACUGGCUUCGGCUAUUGGCGAAGGAGCAGUGCUGACAACAGAGGGUAGCAUUGAGACAGAAGAAGCAACUGUGACAAUGGUUGCAUCAGAGGAUAUUGAAAUAAUGGAGCACGUAGGAGAGUUUGUGAUAGCCUCCCAGGAAGGGGAGGUGGAAGUUCAGACAGUGAUUGUCUAGGGCUAACAUAAUGAAUGGCAGACCUUAAAGCAGUGGCAUGCAACCAGCGGCCCGUUGGGGUAAUCCAUGGACGGGCCAUGAGACAGUUUGUUUACAUUUACCAUCCACAGAUUCGGCUGCCUGCAGCUCCCAGUGGCCGCGGUUUG